GAGAGCUUGACGAGAAUGCGAAGUACAAGGAUGGAGCUACAUGGAAGAACUGGAGUUUGGUCCUAGCGGCCCACUGCAGGACGGUGGACCCGCACGUGGCUGAGCUGAUGAGGGACGCGGUCAAGGUCGACGCAGAAGGAUACGCUCAUGAGCAUCUAGAUGACGAGGCUCAGCGCGUGAACACGAAUAUGUACUACAUUCUAGUGCUCACGUGUAAGGGCAAAGCGAAGGGCAUCGCGAAGAGCGUUCCAUCGGGAGAAGGACUGGAGGCAUGGCGUCUACUAUGUGUGGACUUCGAGCCGAAGGUACCGUCCAGGUUCUCAGGGAUGCUAGACUCGAUUCCGUAUCCAGCCGUGCAGGACAAUGAUUCGAUCAAGGGCGUAGUAUCCUGGGAGACGCUGGUGCAGCGAUAUGAGGAGCAGACGGGCGAAAAGGUCAAGAAGUCAGUGUUGAGCACCCGUCUGGUCUCGACCAAGCUUCGGGGGCAUCUCAUGUUGAACGCGACGAGGUGUACGACGUACGCCCUUUGCACGAGCAGAGGUCCUGAAUUACUUGAGAUCGAAGCUGGCAGCGAUGGCGCCCAGUGGACCAGCACCGAUGGACUAGGGAAGUACGGCAAAGGCAAGGACGGCAGAGGCAGGGGGCAUGACAACACCACGACUAGCCAGCCACGUCAGCAUUGCGGGGAAAAGGGCCACAAGCUGAUGGAGUGCAGGAAGGCUACACAGGACAUGGAGGAAAGACAUAUCACUAAGGAAGAGCUUCGGACAAUCAGCAAGGGCAAGGGCAAGGUCAAAGGUAAGUCCGACACUCAGGGGAGCGCGCCACCGCCCCACAAGCCCAAACAGCGAGACAUGAAGUACUUAGGGGACUACGGCGCCGAGGAGAUAGACCACAUCGGAGUUGCAGACUAUUUGGUGGAUCUAGACGCGAAGAGGGAGCCCACUUACGAGACCAACGAGAAUGACGAGAGUUACCUGGUUCCGAUAGAGGAGUUUGAGAACGAGAACGACGGGAAGAUCGAGGUCAGUGACUUGACGAAGGGAGCGCAGGGCGCGUGGUUCGAUGAAUACGGAGGCGCGGUGGCAUGCCCGACGGUGAGCAAGAAGAUCCAGGAGGUGAUCGAGUACGAGGACAGAGAUGGAGAUCCAGUGCAAGUUCCGUUGGACAGCGAGGAGGCGCAGAGGCAUGAGAUCAAGAAGGAGCGAUGCAAACCCACAGCGGAGGAAAUGUCCAUCCACGAGGGGACGCACAUGCCUCAUCGGGACUGGUGCAAGUGGUGUCUUCGGGGCCGAGGCAAGGAGGAUGGUCGCAAGAAGGCCAGCCCCGAGGAAGCGCCGGCGAUGCCGGUCACCAGUGUGGACUACUGCUUCGUGAACACCGAGCUGGAGACAGAGGUGAUCGACAUCCUGGUGAUGGUUCAGAAGCCUGAGGACGCGGUGGCUUCUAUCAUGGUGAUCCAUAAGGGGCCCAGCGAGUACGUCAACUCAGCGGUGGAGUUCUACUUGGACGCCUGGGGAGCUGCUGACGUCAUCCUGAAGGGCGACCAGGGGCCAUCUCUACAGGCGGUGAUCACGGCGGUAAAGAACAGGAGGAAUCACAGCACGCAGGUGGAGGAGGCACCGAAAGGCCCUCGCCAGAGCAGCGGGGCGAUCGAGAACGCAGUGGAGAGAGCGGAGUCACUCCUGCGCACGUUGCGCGGCGAGCUGGCGGCGAAGCUGGAGGUGAAGAUUGGGCCAAAGAGCUCGAUCGUGCCGUGGCUGGUCAGGCGCGCGGGGCGCCUGUUCACCAGGUUCGCUAUUGAGACGGAUGGCAGGGCAGCUUGGGAACGAUUGGGCCGCGCGAAGUUCAAGUCGGAGCUUGGUGAAAUCGGCGAAACGAUCGAUUGCGAGAUCCGGGCGAAAGACUAUUCCGAGCUGGGGCCGCGGUGGGGCGAGGGCAUCUUCUCGGGCAGGCGCGACGAGGGCGACGAGGCCAUCGUCGGGGCAGCGCGAGGCAUCGAGCGCGCCAGGGCGAUGAAGCCGAGGGCCACGAGAGGCAAGUAUAACAAGGAAGUAUACAACAUGCCCAUUGAAAUUCCGUGGAACCCCAGAGGCUUAGAGGCGAAGGAUCAGAGCCAGGCGGCUCAAAGAAGGAAGUACGUCGCGAAGGCGCUGACGAGGGGCACUGGCCCACGGGCGGGCGCGCAGCUUGCGAGGGGGGGCUCGGCGAUGUACCGCGCGAGGCGCAGGGCGAGGUUCGCCGAGAUCUUCGACGAGGCCGAGCCGAGGAUCGAGGUGGCUGCAGCAGGUCGCCAGCACAACCUGAGGCACGCGCAGCACCAGCGGGAGUUCUAUCAGCACAGGCACCACCAGAGGAGGCCAGAGUUCGAUAACCACGACAGGAAGAGGAAGAUGAGCGAGCUCCAGGUGAUGGAGAUAGGCGUCCUUAUGUCGACCACGAAGGAAGAGGAUCGCCACGUCUGCGAGGAGAUGGAGCCGAGGGAGUUGUUGAAGGAGCUGGUCAUCAACGGCAGGACGAAGGAGAUGAAGAGCAUGGAGGAGUUCUUUGGGCGGGUGCCGCUUGAGGACUGGAUGAAGCCGUUCGACGCCACAUGGAUCGACCGUAAGGAGUGCGACCUACAGAACAACGAGUGGAUC